UCCGGUUCUCUUGCCCCGCCCAUGUCCCUUAAGUGAAUUUUAAUUCAACUCUCUACUUCAAUUCGCCUUUCCUCUCAAAAGUCGAGAAAAUGAGCUUCCUGCUGCCAAAAUUACAAACUAAGAAAGACGUUGACCACAUUAUAAAGACCGUGGCGGAGAGGGUACUGGUUCUGCGUUUUGGCCGCGACCAGGAUACGGUGUGUUUGCAACUGGAUGAAAUUCUUUCAAAAACUGCUCAUGACCUGAGUAAAAUGGCAGCUAUUUACCUUGUGGAUGUUGACAGUGUGCCUAUAUAUACUCGCUACUUUGACAUCAGCUACAUUCCUUCCACGGUUUUUUUCUUCAAUGGCCAACAUAUGAAAGUGGAUUAUGGGUCUCCAGAUCAUACAAAGUUUGUUGGGUGUUUCAAAACAAAGCAAGACUUCAUAGAUUUAAUUGAAGUAAUAUUCCGUGGAGCAAUGCGUGGAAAGCUGAUAGUACACAGCCCUAUUGAUCCGAGGAAUAUCCCGAAGUAUGACCUCCUCUAUCAUGGCAUCUAAAUGUACUGACUGUUUGCUGUGUUUUGCAAUCAUCUCAUGGCAAAUACUUAAAACAGGAUGGAAUUUCUACUCACCUACUGUUCUCCAUUUGUUGAGGAGUAUUGGGAUUUGAUUGAAUAUUUAGAUGAUCCACAAUGUUAAUAGACAAGAAACUUCUUGGCGGAGAUUUGCAAGAAUCAUGAUGAAAGGACUCAAAAUGGAAAGUUAUGAUCCUUCAUUGCUUAGGAUUUCAGUAUCCUGGAACUCCACAUCUCCGCUCAUUGGCAAGUCUGCUGCCACAAGCUUGCCUUAAAGAUUAGCUUUGGAGAAGUAAUUCAUUUGACUGACAAUUGAUGUUUUCCUGAUUAGCACUUGAUGGGAAUUCUCUCGUCCACAGGAGUUCUUCCUGGGUCUGUGUUCCCUCGUUUAAAAUAACCGUGCUAUAUCCUAUAAACCCUAUACAUGAAAAGGGAAUUGGAAAGGAAGCAACAGUUAUUAAAAAAAAAUGGAGGAAAGAAAUGCUGUUUCUGCAUUACCACAUAUCAUUCCCAUACCAAAAUAGUAGGCAACUAACCUGCUUCCAAGCUCAUGCUCCUUUGAGCACAUCAGCAGCUGAUUUUGUUUUUUAACUUCAAGUUUUGCUUUAGCAGUUACUUGAGGACUUAUGGGCUUGAACACACCUUUGGGCAUUUCAUGGACAGUUCAAGUUUUCAGAGGCAAUGUGUCAUCAUACACCCUUGCUGAAUGUGGAUUUCUCCCUCAACCCUAUUUUCCUGUUCCAAAGAAGCUGGCUCACAUUGAUGUAUGAUUCAAGGGGUGCCAGUAACUUUGUGACACAUUGAGACCAGGGCCACUCUGCAAGAAUGAACCUACAGUUUCAGAGUUAUUUUUCACGGGAGGCAUCGCAUUCUAGUUUGAUCUUGUCCCUGUACACCUGUCUCUCUGGCACAAUACACGUGCAAAUUUUCUAGUGCUGCUCACUGCAUAUGAAUUGUGAACAGUGAGCCAGUGCUUUUUUCAUGCUGGACACCCAUGUUAAGUGUAAAGCUCCUCACCACUGCGCUGCCUGGUAUCCAUUAAUGCAGCAUAGACCUGAGACUUCCUGUUUAUCAGUGUACAAUAAUAGCGACACAGCUCCUUGUAGUCUUGCAUUUGAUUAAAAAACAAUCUAUUCUGUA